UUAAUCGACUGUGUUAGCUAAUCGUUUAGCUGCCUAUCUUACUUGAGGGUCAGUUAAGGAGAGGCGCAAAUGUCUCCUAUAAAGUGGUAUAUUAGGUGCGAUUUAUUUACAUGAUGAUUUUAAGACAUAUAGCAUUAUCCCAUUGUAUUCUGGAAAAAUGAUACGAGUGCUGUCAAGUGUCUCGGCUGGGACUGUCUUACUGGCCAGACAGCCAAAGUUCGUUGAGCUCGCUGUAAGACACCAACACAUUGGCUCAUACGAUGUGGUGGUGGUUGGUGGAGGCAUCGUGGGUUUGGCCUCGGCACGGGAGCUGAUCCUUAGACACCCAACAUUAAGCUUUGCUCUGCUGGAGAAGGAGAAGGAGCUCUCGAUGCACCAGAGUGGUCACAACAGCGGAGUAAUCCACAGCGGCAUCUACUACACGCCAGGCUCUCUGAAAGCAAGACUGUGUGUGAAGGGGGCCACGCUGGCCUAUGAGUACUGCGAGAAGAAGAACAUCCCCUACAAGAGGUGUGGGAAGUUGAUUGUAGCUACAGAGCGUGAGGAGAUUCCCCGUCUGAAGGCUUUGUAUGAGCGAGGCAUGAAGAACAAUGUCCGAGACUUGACCGUUGUCGACGCCAAAGGCAUCAGAGAGAGAGAGCCGUUCUGCAGGGGUUUAAUGGCUCUGGACUCACCCUACACUGGCAUAGUGGACUGGCGGAAAGUUGCCCUCAGGUAUGGGCAGGAUUUUAAAGAGGCAGGGGGAACCGUGACAACUGAGUUUGAGGCAUCUGACAUCACUGUGGUGAGGGAGAGUCCUGCCAGGAUCUCAGAAGGUCUUAAAUACCCCAUUUCUAUUAGAAGCUCCAAGGGUGAUGAGGUGCAUUGUCGUUAUGUGUUGACUUGUGGGGGUCUGUACUCUGACCGACUGUCCCAGAUCUCAGGUUGUAGUCCUGAGCCCCGUAUUGUGCCCUUCAGGGGGGACUACCUGGUGCUCAAGCCAGAGAAACGCUACCUUGUGCGGGGAAACAUCUACCCGGUGCCAGAUCCUCGUUUCCCAUUCCUGGGAGUUCACUUCACCCCCCGUAUGGACGGCAGUGUGUGGCUGGGUCCCAAUGCCGUCCUGGCUUUCAAACGUGAAGGCUACCAGCUAUACGACCUCAAUGUUAGGGACCUCACAGAUGCACUAUCCUUUAGAGGUUUGCAGAAGCUGGUGAUGAAGAACAUAACCUAUGGUUUGGGUGAAAUGUUCAGGGGCGUGUUCAUAGGGGCACAGGUGAAAAUCCUGCAGAAGUUUAUACCUGAGCUCUCUCUAAGUGAUGUAGUCAGAGGUCCAUCUGGAGUGCGGGCACAGGCUCUAGACAAGGAUGGGAACCUGGUGGAUGACUUUGUGUUUGACGGGGGCACGGGGGAAAUUGGCAGUCGGGUGCUGCACGUACGCAACGCCCCCUCACCCGCCGCCACCUCCUCGCUUGCUAUUGCCGAAAUGGUCGCCGACGAGGCCGAGAAACGUUUUACCCUCUGACACACACACACACAAGAAAUACCCAAAAGUGCAUACACACACACACACUCACACAACACACAGGUGCGCCCAGACACUGACAGAGGGCACGAACAAUGUGCUUCUACAGCAUAUCGCCCAAUCACCGUGCAGUGUGACACUACUGGAUUAUGUCAGGCAGGCCCCGUUGUCCCAUUUGCAUAGUGGGCCCCGUCCCAGCUUUCCACUAGCCCACUUCUCCACUGACACCUGACCUCAACUUAGUCGUCACUCUCUCCUUUUCCAUACCAUGUCACCCUAUAGGCCAGGCCCCGCAUCGCUGCCUUCCAUAUUCCUUUCACCUGUGGCCCAAUCCCAUUACACUCACAUUACAGUUGUCUUUACCAUCGGGUUGGUUUCCGCCGUGCCUCUGCAGUGCUGAUCUCACCGACCUCUGGAUGGGAGCCAGCCGACAUCCUAUGUAGCCUACUUCAGGUCCGUCUAUACGGUGUUUACAUGGAUCAGCUCUCUUGAAAGGCCAGAGUGAAUGGGAGAACAAGAAGAGGAUCGUCCCUAUCAUGAUUGGGAUUGGGUUCUGCUGUGUCUGUCUGGGCUUUGACAGACAACCAUGCCGGAUGCUGCCGAGGCUUGGCAAAUGUAACCCCAGAACUUAAUUGACUCUGUCGAUUAAUUGGGAACCAAGCCAUGCUGUUGAGUAAAUUGUCUUUCAUGCGUGACGUGCCUACAGAUGAGUUCUUUUCAACAUGAGUUGCAAUAUUUUUACUUUUUUUCAUGCUUUCUACAAACACAAAGGUACUUCUGCAAGUUUCAGAUUUUGUUUCAGUUUGACAGAUUCAAAAGGGUUUACAGAGCUCACUCAUCUCAAACAACACACUGCUGUAUUGUACUGAGUAGAGGUUCUACCUCUCUGGAUGUGUUUAGUUUUUCAUUCUCCAUGGCACUGAUGUUCUGCAUUUAAACUAAGCUGCAUAAUUUAACUUCAUAAAUCAACAGCUGUUCAUCAUUUUCUUGCCUGUUAUCUUAAUCAACUGUAUCAACAAAAAAUGUGCUGUAACAGAACUAAAAUGAUCUUAAUUGAUCUUUGUAAAUCAAAAUGUAAUCUAUCAUCACUUUGUACUGAUAUGUAAAACCAUGCAGCUCAUGUGGUUCCACGAGCCCACACAUCUUUACAACAAUGACCACUAUAAGGGAAGUGGAACACACAUAAGAGGAAUGUAUAGGAAGUGGGAAAUAUUUUGAUUUUUCACCAAAAGUGUUUGAAGAUCUGUUCUUAUGUAACGUGUUAUGUGAAGCAACCUUGAGUAUCUAGAAAGGUGCUAUAUAAAACUAUUUUUUAAUUAUUAUUAUUAUUAUUAUUAUUAUUACAGUGAAAUUCUAGAAAAAAAUAAAUAAUAAACAAAAAGUUUUUUAAGUUUUUGUCAUGGUAUGGCAAUGGUAAUUGAGAGGUAUUCUGAUAGGAUCUCAUAUUUGUUAACAAAUUGUCAUAAUUUCCAUAAUCUCUCGUCAUAACAAUGUCAAAUACUGCCAACAAUCAGCAUAAUGGGUUUAAUGUGUUAAAUUACAAAAAUAGCCCACAUACAUAUUUAUUCUGUAUUCUGACUGCAAUUUAAAUAUGCAUGGAUGAAGAAGAUAAUAGAUUUGAUUUUGUGUUUAUUUGAUUUGUUUUUAAUGCUCAACAACAAAUAAAAUAAAAUAUCAAUUGUGUUCUA